UUUAGGCAAAUUUCAAGGAAAAAAGCGACUCCAAGCGUCAAAACUAUAGACAAAGCUGCCAAACCAGAUACAUCCUUCCUUUUAAAAAAAGUAACCAACAAAUAUGUCCAUGGCUGCUCAAAUCUCCAAGAAGAGAAAGGUCGCUGACGGUGUCUUCUAUGCUGAAUUAAACGAAUUCUUCACUCGUGAGCUUGCCGAAGAUGGUUAUGCUGGUGUCGAAGUUCGUGUCACCCCUGCCCGUACAGAAAUCAUCAUUCGUGCCACACAAACACAAAAGGUGCUCGGUGAAAAGGGUCGUCGUAUUCGUGAAUUGACCACACUUGUUCAAAAGCGCUUCAAGUUCCCUGAAAACGCUGUUGAACUUUACGCUGAACGUGUCCAAAACCGUGGUCUCUGUGCCAUUGCUCAAUGUGAAUCUGUCAAGUUCAAGCUUCUUAACGGUUUGGCUGUCCGUCGUGCCUGUUACGGUGUUGUCCGUUUCGUGAUGGAAUCCGGUGCUAAGGGUUGUGAAGUUGUUGUCUCUGGUAAGGUCCGUGCUGCCCGUGCCAAGGCCAUGAAGUUCGCUGAUGGUUUCAUGAUCCACUCUGGUAACCCUGCUCGUGAAUUCAUUACUACUGCCGUUCGUCACGUUGAUUUACGUCAAGGUGUCUUGGGUAUCAAGGUCAAGAUCAUGUUGGACAGCGACCCCACUGGUCGUAACGGUCCCAAGCAAACUCUUCCUGAUAUUGUUACCAUUCUUGAACCCAAGGAUGAAACUCCCAUCCUCGAACCCUCUGCUCAAGACUUCAGACCUGCUCCUACUGCUGCUGAGCCUGUUGAAGCCUAAACUUCUUUUUUAUUUGCUUGUGUCUAUAUUCUAAUUGAAAAAUAAAAAAAGGAAUCAAAAACAUGUAUAUAUAUAGGACUUACGAGAGUAUCUUCAAGUGCAUAAAAAAAUAGGAAAGAAUGACAUGUUGCAUUUUUUUAUUGUGACUUGUAGGAGUAGAAGAAAAAGUGGAGAUACUGCACAUCUCUAAAAAAA